UUUUCCCCAGCUCCUUGCCCAGGCCAAUCCUUCCAUGCUGUCUUCAAGCCCUCCUUCCUGCACAUCUCCCAACUCUGACCGGGAGAACUCCAGUAAGAAGGUCCAGUGGGCUUCUGGGAGGAGGAGGACGUCAUCCACAGACUCAGAGUCAAAGUCCCAUCCAGACCCCUCCAAACUGCCCAGGUCCCGGAGACCCAGCCGGCUGACGGUGAAGUACGACCGGGGGCAGCUCCAGCGCUGGCUGGACAUGGAGCAGUGGGUGGAUGCACAGGUUCAGAAACUCUUCCAGGAUCAACCAAGUCCUUCUGAGCCUGAGAUUGACCUGGAGGCUCUCAUGGAACUAUCCACAGAGGAGCAGAAGACUCAGUUGGAGGCUAUUCUCCAAAACUGCCCCCGCCCCACAGAGCCUUUUAUCUCUGAGCUACUUGGUGAACUCAAGAAACUCCAGAGACUCAGUCGGCCUCAGAAAUAAGCCUUGUGAGACUACUUUCAGCAGCCUCAGCACUGCCAGGCCUGCUCUGAACCUCUGGAUUCCAGGCUGCAAGGGAAAUGGCUCCUUGGGACACAGACAAGGAAUGUGGAGGAUGAAGAGGGACAUUUGGACACCGCUGGUGUUUGUGCAGUCACAGUUAGUUCCUGUCAGCUGGGCUUUCUAGGAACCAGUCAUGGCUGUUGCCCAGUGCUUUCCUUGGCAGCCAAGUGGAUAAAACCUUUAGAAGCUCCA